UCAGAAAUCCACCUGCCUCUGCCUCCCAAGUGCUGGGAUUAAAGGCAUGAGCCACCACUGCCGGGCUUAGCCUAACUUUCUAAUAAAGGUCUGCCCCAUAGUUCCCAGAGAAAGAAAGCCAAAAAAAAAAAAAAAGUGUCCCUACUUGUAACUGAUUAGAGUAAGUAAGGUGUCAGGGUAUCUGGACAGCCAAAGUGCAUUUUCUUUCUUUGGCAUAUGAUUUAAAUUCACUAGUUUAUUUUUAUGGAAAUUCCCACUUUAUAAAGUACUAGGGAAGUAGUAACAGGAAGUUUGUUUCACAUGAUAUACAUACUUGAGUGUAUAUAAAUUUGCUUCAAUUUACUUAAUAUUAAACACUAAGCCUAUGUAUUUUACAUCUACAGUUUAUUGAGCAUCCUAUUACUUGUGCAUGUUCUACAACAAUUUAGCAAAAACCAAAACCUCUUUGAGUUGUGCUUAGCCUUCUGCUUGACCUCUCUCUGGUUUGUAGUAUCUAAGGUAGAUUGAAGCCUAUUUAGUGUUUCCUUUAUAAUCUGUGAUAUGGGUCAAUAUGCGUCCUUUUUACUGUUUCAUCCAGUUGGGCAGCAUAUUGUAAAGGAUUGUUGAGUAUUGUAGCCAAGAUACUAAGGAAUUGUUAAUAUCCCUUCAAUAAGACAGCUUUAAGAGCUGGUUAGUCUAGUGGGACAAGACAGAUGACCAACUCUUUCCAGCAUUUAAUAUUUUUUCUUUGCUGUAAUUUAAGUUCCCAAAUUCUACAUAGUUUUAAUGAAUUGUUUUUUAAUUUAAAAUUAGCCAGCUGUAGUCGCACAUGCUUGUCAAAAUAAUGCUUUUGACUGGAUGCAUAAAUCAGUGUUACAGUACUUACCUAGCAUGGAACAGUUGUGGGUUCAAUCCCUAGCACUGCCAGAAAGAAGAGAAUACCUUCUAAAAGACCUUCUGCUAUGCAGUGAUAUUUUGUUGCUGCUCAAGACCUGGGACUUAAGUUUAAAUUAAAAAAAAAAAAAUUACUGAUUUAUUUAAGUCUCCAGAAGAAAUUUUGGAGGCCAGCAAGAUAGCUCAGUGGGUGAGAGGGCAUUUGCUGCUAUACCUCACAACCUGAAUUUUGAGUACCAGUGGACUCUUAACAAGUUGCUCUUUGUCCACAUGUGCACAGAAUAUAAAUUAAAUGUAACUUUUUGAAGUCAUUUUUCAGCAAAAAUACUUAAUGAGGAGAAGCUUAGAAAUUAAAAAAAUGUAUCUGGGCCAUUCAAUUUUUGUCAUGUUCAAGAGUUCAUUAAUCGUUUAAGAGUAAAUUUAUGCUUUAUUUUAGGGUUUUUUUUUGUUUGUUUUGUUUUGUUUUAAUCAUAAUAAAGCUAAAGGUUUAUAGUACCUCAGAGCAAGACCUCCUGAUGCCUAAUUGUGUAACAAAGGCUGUGGUGCUUACAUAAAAGCUGUUGUGACUAAUGUUUUUCACAGCAGCAAUUUAUUUUUUAAUGCACGUUGGUGUUUUGCCUGCACUUAGUCUGUGUGAGAAUGUCUGAUCCUGGAAGUUACAGUUGUGAGCUGCCAUGUGGGUGCUGGGAAUUAAGCCCUGGUCCUCUAGAAGAGCAUUCAGUGCUCUUAAUCUGAGCCAUCUUUCCAGCCCAGAGGGUCUGUUUUAGAAAAAGGAAAGGUAACAGAAUAACAUUGUCUUGAUGCAGAUUUUGAACCAGCCCCUGAUACUUCAAUUACAAGCAAAAUUAAUAAUUUUCUUCUUCUAUAAGUAAUAUCUUGAUCCAGGCUUCUGUCUAGGCAUUUAAGAGUUUAAGAUAUGAAAGACUUAACACUGGGUAACUAAAUGGAAACAUCAUUGACCAGGAAAAUAAUGGGUAAAUCUUUUGAUAUUAAACUAAGAAAAGGGGCCAGGGAUAUUAUAGCUCAGUUGAUAGGAUGCUUACCUAGCACUUGGUUCAAUCUCAGCACUGCAUAAAGCCAAGUUUGGUUGUGUGUGCCAAUAUAUACUUGAGAGAUAAAAGCAGGAGGUAUGGGAUAUCUUACUGCAUAAAUGAAAACUGGUAUGAAUAUAUACUUUUGUAAGAUUGCAUUAAUAACCAAGUCUUGAUGGAGAAACCAAAUCUUGGUUUCUAUUUUGGUUGUGUGGGUCUUAUAUCAGUCAAGUUACUAUGCUUCUUAGUCAUAAGUUAUUUGGUAAGUUUUUACAUAGAAGUUUUUCAGAAACCAAUUUGUCAUGAAGGAGAUAGUAUGUUUCUUGUCAAGAGAUGAGAUGCCCCUGUUAAGAGUACAAAUGUGCAUAAAUGCAAAAGCAAUAGAGUCAAGUACAACCAUCAUGAUACACAUUUUCUUGUUUGUAUCCUGUGGUAUUUAAGUGGUACAAGAGGCAGGAAGAUUUCUGUGAACUAUAGUCCAUCCUGGGUUCUUAAAUGCAAAUGUGUCUCAUAAAACAGGAAUAGCAUGUAUUUAAGGAGUUUAUAAGCCAAAGUAAGGACUGUUGGAAACCUUGUUCUUUCCCUUUAAUUUUUCUAUGUUUGCUUCAGAACACAUCUGGUUAAUCAGAAUAAGUGAAGAUGGUAGUCAAAAUUGAGAGAAGGUGUAAUGUUACUAUUUGUUGUGUUUUUGAUUUCUGGCAUGUGUGCGGUCAUGAAUUCAGAUGGUGUGUACAGCUAUGCUUUGCUUCAGCAGGGCCUGAAUUUCUUAGUGUGGCUUGUUGAAAGUUAAUUCUAAGAUCAGAUCUAAGAGCCUUCAGCCUAUAAAAUAGUGGAGAAUGAAUAUUUAGGUGGGGGGAUUGCAGUUUAUGUCUGAAUUACAUAUUUAUGUUAAAAUUAGGGACUAGAGUGUAACAUGAAAGGGGAGGAGGGUAAAGAGUAUGGUUAAAAACUUUUAGAGAAAUUCAGUAAAUUCUGUUAGACUACACUUUUGAACAUUUUUAAAUACUAUAAAAUUUGUUUUUUUUUUUUUAAUUUAUUUUUAAAUAAACUAGUUAUUUGCACUUUACCUGCUGGCCUUCCCAUUUGGUAGAUAACAUUCUGAACUCCAGCAGAGUUUUAUAAUCCCCACGUGCUUAAAUAUACUAAAUGUUCUUUUUCCAUUAAGGUUAAUGUUCGUGAAGAAAUUGAAGAGUUUUUUCCAAGAAUGUGGAAGAUAAAUCAAGAUAAAAGAAGGCUAAUGAAAAGUAUUAAAGAUCAGAAAAUUAAAAUUGAAUGGGGGAAAAAAUUGAACAGAAGAUUGGUCAGAUAGAAGCACUUGAAUAUUUUUUUAAGGCUAUUUUGAAUUGUUUGAAUUGGGGAAGAAUACACGAAGUAUGAAAAAUGAAAAACUCAAUGAAGAAUGAAGAGAAGUAGAAAGCAAGAGUGAAGUAGAAUUAAAAGAAUCUGGAAGAAUGAAUGGGUCCUAGGUUAAGUAAAUGAGUCUCGCUCUCAGUCAAAAUCUCCAACGGGAACUCCUGCUCGUGUAAAAUCAGAGAGCAGGUCAGGAUCUCGUAGUCCAUCAAGGGUUUCCAAACAUUCUGAAUCCCAUUCUCGAUCAAGAUCAAAAUCCAGGUCAAGGUCAAGGAGGCAUUCUCAUAGACGCUACACUCGAUCCAGGUCACACUCUCAUAGGAGAAGAUCACGGAGUAGGUCCUAUACACCUGAGUAUAGGCGACGGAGGAGCCGAAGUCACUCUCCAAUGUCUAAUCGCAGAAGGCAUACUGGCAGCAGGGCAAAUCCAGAUCCUAACACUUGCCUGGGAGUAUUUGGCCUCAGUUUGUAUACAACAGAGAGAGAUCUUCGUGAAGUGUUUUCUCGAUAUGGACCUCUGAGUGGUGUUAAUGUAGUCUAUGACCAGCGAACUGGGAGGUCACGUGGAUUUGCUUUUGUGUAUUUUGAGAGGAUAGAUGACUCUAAGGAGGCUAUGGAAAGAGCAAAUGGGAUGGAGCUGGAUGGUAGAAGAAUUCGUGUGGAUUAUUCUAUCACCAAGAGAGCACACACACCUACACCAGGCAUUUACAUGGGCAGACCAACUCAUAGCGGUGGUGGUGGCGGCGGAGGAGGAGGUGGUGGUGGCGGCGGUGGUGGCGGUGGUAGACGACGAGAUUCUUACUACGAUAGAGGAUAUGAUCGAGGCUAUGACAGAUAUGAAGAUUAUGAUUACCGGUACAGAAGAAGGUCACCCUCUCCUUACUACAGUCGCUACAGGUCUCGAUCAAGAUCGCGUUCUUAUAGCCCAAGACGCUAUUGAUACUGGAGUGAUUGUGCCCAAGGACUUUGCUUUUUCUUCUUUUUGAUUUUGGAUUUC